AGCUAUUUCAUCUGUAAGAAAACAGGCGUCUGCACCAGUGACUGGGUCAGUGCUCUAAAAUGAGUCUCUCUGGGGAGAGAGAGGAGGGGGGCCCUUCCUCUAAAAUGAGUCUCUCUAGGGGACAUGACACCAAAGCUAAGAGCCCAAUCAAGCAGGAGAGACCAGCCUCCCCUGUACCCAGCUGUGUGUCCAUGAAGAGUGACUGGUCUAUGGAACCUCCUAUAGAGUUUAGAGAGGGAGACUUUUCUACUGAACAAAGAAACCAACAGGAGAGAUCAGAGUCAGAGAUUCUCAGUGGUCAGUCUUCCCAGAGUCAUCAAACAGACCUGGCCUCCAUAUUCAGUUUGCUUGAAGAGAAAAUUAUGACAUUUGUGAAGAACGAGCUGAAGAUGUUCAAGAGGAUUCUUAGUCCAGAACUCCCAGAAGGCUUUGAGAGUCAGCAGCAGGAUAAGGAAGUGGUGGAUGCUGAUGAUGAGAAGCAGGAGAGCAAUGCCAGAGAGGGGGCUCUGAAGAUCACACUGCACAUCCUGAGGAAAAUGAACCAGAAGGAGCUUGCUGACACACUGGAGAAAAAUUCAGAUGAGCUUGCUGUGAUUUGCCAACGUGAACUCAAAUCUAAUCUAAAGAAGAAGUUUCAAUGUAUAUUUGAGGGGAUCGCUAAACAAGGAAACCCAACACUUCUCAAUAAGAUCUACACAGAGCUCUACAUCACAGAGGGUGGAACAGGAGAGGUUAAUAAUGAACAUGAGCUGAGACAGAUUGAGACAACAACCAGGAAACAAGCAAGACCAGAGACUGCAAUCAAAUGUAACGACAUCUUCAAACCCUUAACUGGACAAGACAAACCUAUCAGAACUGUGCUGACAAAGGGAGUCGCUGGCAUUGGAAAAACAGUCUCUGUGCAGAAGUUCAUUCUGGACUGGGCUGAAGGAAUAGCAAAUCAGGAUGUCCAAUUUAUAUUUUCAUUCCCUUUCCGGGAGCUGAAUUUGAUGAAAGAGGACAAACACACUUUCAUUGAACUUCUCAAUCACUUCUCAGUGGAAACCAAACAAUCAGGAAUCUCCAUCUACAACAAGUACAAAGUUCUGUUCAUCUUUGAUGGUCUGGAUGAGUGCCGACUGCCCCUAGACUUCCAGAAGAACAAGAUCUGUUGUGACGUCACAGAGUCAACCUCAGUGGAUGUUCUGCUGACAAAUCUCAUCAAGGGAAAUCUGCUUCCCUCUGCUCUCCUCUGGAUAACUACCCGACCUGCAGCAGCCAAUAAGAUCCCUUCAUGGUGUGUUGACCAGGUGACAGAGGUACGAGGGUUCAAUGACCCACAGAAGGAGGAGUACUUCAGGAAGAGAUUCAGCGAUGAGGACCUGGCCAGCAGAAUCAUCUCACACAUAAAGACAUCAAGGAGCCUCCACAUCAUGUGCCACGUUCCAGUCUUCUGUUGGAUUUCUGCAACAGUCCUUGAACACAUGCUGAAACAUAAGAGAGAAGAGAUGCCCAAGACUCUGACUGAGAUGUACACACACCUUGUGGUGUUUCAUACCAAACAGAAGAAUGAAAAGUAUCUUGGGAAAGAAGAGACAGGUCCACACUGGAAUAAAGAGAGCAUUCUGUCACUGGGAAAACUGGCUUUUCAACAGCUUGUGAAGGGCAAUCUGAUUUUCUAUGAAGAAGAACUGAAAGAGGCUGGCAUUGAUGUCAAUGAAGCCUCAGUGUACUCAGGAUUGUGCACACAGCUCUUUAAAGAGGAAUGUGGGCUGUACCAGGACAAGGUGUACUGCUUUGUUCAUCUGAGCAUUCAGGAGUUUCUGGCUGCUGUAUAUGUGUUCCUCUCAUUCAUCAACAACAAUGAGAAUCUAAUUGACAAACCGCAAACAAAGUCCAAUAUAUUUUCUUCAAUGUUCAGAGACAAGACUGAAGUUACUGUCUACAAGAGUGCUGUGGAUAAAGCCUUACAAAGUGAGACAGGAAACCUGGACCUGUUCCUCCGCUUCCUUCUGGGCCUCUCACUGGAGUCCAAUCAGAAGCACUUACGAGGUCUACUGACGAAGUCAAGAAGCAGCUCACAGAGCCAUGAAGAAACAGUCAAGUACAUCAAGGAGAAGAUCAGGGAGAAUCCCUCUCCAGAGAGGAGCAUCAAUCUGUUCCACUGUCUGAAUGAACUGAAGGACCAUUCUCUAGUGGAGGAGAUCCAAAGCUACCUGAGAUCAGGAAGUCUCUCAAAACCCAACCUGUCACCUGCACAGUGGUCAGCUCUGGUCUUUGUGUUGCUGACUUCAGAAAAGGAGCUGGAUGUGUUUGACCUGAAGAAAUACUCCAGAUCAGAGGAAGGUCUUCUGAGGCUGCUGCCAGUGGUCAAAGCCUCCAGAGCUGUUCUGCUGUCAGGCUGUGGAGUCACAGAGGAAGGCUGUGCUUCUCUGGUCUCAGCUCUGAGGUCAAACCCCUCACACCUGAGAGAGCUGGAUCUGAGUAACAACGACCUGAAGGAUUCAGGAGUGAAGCUGCUCUCUGCUGGACUGGGGAAUCCCCACUGUAAACUGGAGACUCUGAGGCUGUCAGGCUGUCUAGUCACAGAGGAAGGCUGUGCUUCUCUGGUCUCAGCUCUGGAGUCAAACCCCUCACACCUGAGAGAGCUGGACCUGAGCUACAAUCACCCAGGAGACUCAGGAGUCAGACUGCUCUCUGCUGGACUGGAGGAUCCACACUGCAGACUGGAGAAACUCAAUGUGGAACAUGGUGGAGAGAACAGAAUGAAACCUGGACUUAGAAAAUGUGAGUGUUGACUGCUGUGAAGAAUAUGACUAAGAAUAAGUCUUAAUUCAAGUUAAGUCAAAGUCAAAGACCACCAUCAUUACUGACUUGGUCAUAUUAAAUAUCAGCUGUAGUUCUACAGAAGCAGAAAUCAGGGACACCAAAGAUUACAAAGAGUUGAUUUGACUGUGUGUGUGUGUGUGUGUGUGUGUGUGUGUGUGUGUGUGUGUGUGUGUGUGUGUGUGUGUGUGUGUGUGUGUGUGUGUGUGUGUGUGUGU